AUGGCGUCCGCCAAAGAACUUUUUCUGUGGUGCCUCGUGCUGGUUUGCGUCUCCGGGAUCACGGAAGCUGUAACAAAGGCUCCCGUUGUGCAGGUCUAUUCCCGUCACCCUGUGGAGCCGGGCAAGGAGAACAUCUUCAACUGCUACGUGAAAGGGUUCUACCCUCCAAAAAUCAACGUCACUCUUUUGAAGAAUGGCAAGGCGAUGCCAGACGUGAUGAAGACCGAUCUUUCUUUCGAGGAAGACUGGACCUUCCAGCUUCUGUCGUAUGUUCCAGUGAUUCCCGAUAGAAAGGAUCAGUACGAAUGCAGAGUGGAGCACAGCGCCUUGCCUACACCAAAAAUUAUCAGAUGGGACCAGCAUUACUAA